AUGACAACGCUUGAGAAUUGCGGACAGUCGAUUGGUGUAAGAGAGCAGCUCCAUUCUAUACCAAAAUCAAGCGUUACCAAGCAUUGGUCAACCUUUGACGGUAGGACCCCUGCUGAAAUUUGUAUCAGUUACCAUGUUUAUCGAACACUCUGCGGCCAUCCACUGCACAAGGCUGCUGGAAAGAAGGGUCGUGAUCGAACAGUCUCUCAUAUUACGCCAUACUCCACUCGCUAUGCAUUUGGUACCGAGCUGUCCACAUUCAAGAUUCCAGCAGAAGGAGUCCCAGCAGAUGUUGUUCAUCGAUUACUCAAGGAUGAGCUUGGCCUAGAUGGACGACCUAGUCUGAACCUAGCCUCUUGCGUAGAAACUUACAUGGAGAAGGAAGCAGAGCAACUUAUGGUAGAAAACUUGUCCAAUAACAUGUCAGAUGCUGAUGAGUAUCCAGCCAUGAUAGAUAUGCACACACGCUGCGUCUCUAUUCUUGCUCAUCUCUGGGGUGUGCAAAAGGGGGAGAAAGCCAUUGGCUCGGGGACGACAGGUUCCAGCGAGGCCAUCCAUCUUGGAGGACUGGCAAUGAAGAGGCGCUGGCAAGAGAAGCGUAGAGCAGAAGACAAGGAUACGUCCUCACCCAACAUCAUCAUGGGUGCCAAUGCCCAAGUGGCGCUAGAGAAGUUUGCCUGCUACUUUGAAGUUGAGGCUCGCAUUCUUCCCGUGAAUGAGGACUCAUCAUACCGUCUGGGCCCCAAGCCAGUCAAGGAGAAUAUUGACGAGAACUCCACUGGUAUAUUCGUCAUUCUUUUGUCGACAUGUACCGGGAAUUAUGAGCCUGUUGAAGAGAUCUCCAACAUCCUUGACAAAUACGAGAAGGAGACUGGAGUGGACAUCCCAAUCCAUGUGGAUGGAGCUUCGGGGGCUUUCAUCGCGCCAUUUACACACGCAAAAGCUGGUAAGAAGUGGAACUUCGAACCACCUCGCGUGAAGUCUAUCAACGUCAGUGGGCACAAGUUUGGUCUGGUGUAUGGUGGUGUUGGCUGGAUCAUCUGGAGGGACGAGAGCUAUCGACCAAAACACCUUGUCUUCGAACUACACUACCUUGGUGGCACUGAAGAUUCGUACAAGCUCAACUUCUCACGUCUAGGUGCACAGAUCAUUGCGCAGUACUACAAUCUGAUUCACCUCGGCUUCUCCGGAUACCGUAACAUCAUGGGAAACACAUUGGCCAACGCGCGUCUGCUGAGUAGAGCACUCGAGUACACUGGCUGGUAUCGUUGCGUUUCCGAUAUCCACCGUAAGAAGGGUGAUUUGAAUGCGGGUUACAAUGCCGGUCUUCCCGUCGUUGCUUUCACGCUCACAGACAACCUCCACAAGAAGGAGUUUCCUCACGUCAAACAAGAAGCAGCCAGCAAUAUGUUGCGUGCGAAGCAGUACAUCAUUCCUAUUGUACGCGAGAGUUUGCCUCUUGACAUGAUCGAUCGCCUAGUGAAGGAUAUCAUCAGCAUGACAGAGCUACCGAUGAAAACGGACGCAGUUAAUCCCGCUGCUUUUCAACCUUCGUCGGCUAGUAUUGAACAGCAGCACGCAAGCCCUGGUCUGCAGAAGAAACACGAGCACAAGGCGAAGAGGCCAUCCCACAAGAGCGUGUAUCGGGCAGUAUGCUGA